CUCAAAGCUCAGACCAACCAGCUCUUCUCCUCCUUGAUCUCUCCAAUCAAGCUCUCUCUCUCUCUCUCUCUCUCUCAACACAUACCAAACUUCCACUCCUCCUAGAUAGCUAGCUACUAGCUAGACAGAAAUCCCCCAUGUAAUUGGAGAGAGAACUUAUGUGUUCUAUGAUAGAUUAGAUAUGAUGCUUCUCUAGCUCAUCAGAUCAAAUUAGUACUCGACCGAUACCAAGUUAAUUAAGAAGAAGUUCUCUCAGCAAAGAGGCGUCAAGCUGGCGAACCGGUGGUGGAGCGUGCCCGGUCACUUGGGCCUGCCGGAGCAGCCGUCCGGCGGCCCCAACCCCAAGACGGAGCCCCCGGCCAUGAAGGACCCGGAGCCCAGCAGCCCGGCAGUCGGCGCGCCGGGCGACCACGGAGCCGAUGAGACCAACGAGUCCGGUGGCGCCGUGGUGGCGGCGCCCAGCCGGCGGCCCCGCGGGCGCCCGCCGGGGUCCAAGAACAAGCCCAAGCCGCCCAUCUUCGUCACGCGCGACAGCCCCAACGCGCUGCGCAGCCACGUCAUGGAGGUGGCGGGCGGCGCCGAUGUGGCGGACGCCAUCGCGCAGUUCUCGCGCCGCCGCCAGCGCGGUGUCUGCGUGCUCAGCGGCGCCGGGACCGUCGCCAACGUGGCGCUGCGGCAACCGUCCGCGCCCACGGCCGUGGUCGCGCUCCGCGGCCGCUUCGAGAUCCUCUCGCUUACCGGCACCUUCCUGCCCGGCCCCGCGCCGCCGGGGUCCACGGGGCUCACCGUGUACCUGGCCGGGGGCCAGGGGCAGGUGGUUGGCGGCAGCGUUGUAGGCACCCUCAUCGCCGCCGGCCCGGUCAUGGUGAUCGCGUCCACGUUCGCCAACGCAACCUACGAGCGCCUUCCGCUCGAAGAGGAGGAUGAAGGGCCAGCUCCACCGAUGGCGUCCGGCGGCGGCGCCGAUCCGCUCAUGGGUGGAGGCCUCGGCAUCGCCGACCCGUCAGCGCUGCCCAUGUUCAACUUGCCGCCGAGCAACGGGCAGCUUGGAGGCGGCGACGGCUUCCCGUCAUGGGCGCACCCGCGGCCACCGUACUGAUGAUCCUGAUGCGCCCAAGGUCGAGCACAGUUGCUAGAAUGCAAUGGCGAAUGCUGUGCGUGCACUGCAUGGUCGUUACUGUUCCAUUGGAGACGACGACGGCCGGAUCGGAGUGGCGCGCCAUUAGUAGGUUAGUACAUAUGAUGAAGUGUGGCCGUCGUCCCUAGUGCUACUUUGUUGCCGUGCAAUAAUCAGAUGUCGUUGGUCUCA